AUGGAGUACGUCGGCGCGCCGAGCCUCCACAAGUUCCUGCGGAACAGGCGCAGCGGCCAGCCGCUCCCGGAGUCCGCCGUGCGCGCCAUCAUGUGGAAGCUCCUCACCGGUGCCAGGACGAUGCACGACCGCCACGUCGUCCACCGCGACAUCAAGCCCGGCAACAUCCUUGUCGGCCAAGACGGCGAACUCGUCAAAAUCUGCGACUUUGGGCUGGCGAUCUCCAUGUCCGAGCUGCCGCCGUACAACCAGGCCGGCACGCCGUUCUACGUGGCGCCCGAGGUGCUCCUGGGGAAGCGGGACUACAACGCGCUCGUGGACACGUGGUCUAUCGGCUGCGUCAUGGCCGAGAUGCUCACCGGUAAGACGCUGUUCCUCGGCGAUGAUGAUGACGACGCCAAAGACAAUGAGAUCAUCCAGCUCUGGAGCAUCUUCCGCUUGCUCGGGACGCCAGACGAGAGGACGUGGCCGGGGUUCACCUCUCUGCCGCUCACCGAAAAGACGCUGAAGCUGCUGCCGCGGGGGCACAAGCACAACAAGCUGCGCGAUCUGUUCCCUGAAGAGAAGCUGUCCGAGCAUGGAUUCCAGGUGUUGCAAGGCCUCCUCACGUGCAACCCCGAUAAGCGACUGACGGCGGCCGCCGCGCUCAAGCACCGAUGGUUUGCUGCUCCUCGUCCCUCGGCCGCCGCUCCAAAGGUCGACGCUUUGUCGCUCCCGAAAAAGAAGGCGCCAAGGAUCAAGUUCAUCCCGCCGGCCAUGCCAGAGAAGAAUCUACUCAAAAUUCCACUCGCCGUGUGGAACGCAGCUCAUCGAGUCUAG